AUGUCUCGUGUGACCAGCCCUAAAGUCCUGUUUGACUCCCUUGCUGGCACGUGGACGUUGAGUCGGGAUCUCGAAAGCGCAAACGUAAAUGAACCAAAUGGGAAAUGCCUUGGCACUGCCACAUUCACAUCGAGACAGUCUUCGCCUGUCUUAGAUGCCAAUGGCAAGUUGCAGGUAGCGGAAGCCGAGAUGCUUUAUCACGAGCAAGGCGAGUUCCAGCUGCCAUCCAUGAUCAAAGUGCCGUUCUCGAAGAAAUACGUUUGGAAACUGAGCAAAAGCGAGGAUAGCAAGGAUGGAAAGAUCAGUGUCUGGUUUACAAAGCCUGGAUCAGAGGCUACUGAUUACCUCUUCCAUGAUAUUCAUAUCUCUGUCACCGAAGGAACAAAUGAACCAUCCUUGAUUCAAGGAAGUGGAGGGCAUCUCUGCGUGGACGACUUUUACUCGACGGCAUAUGAGUUCAGCACUGAUCUAGAUGAACGUAUACAGUCAUGGAAGACAGUUCACGAGGUCAGAGGACCGAAGAAGGACCAGGUGCUCACCACAAAUUUCUCACGCGGCUGA